AUGGACUUGAGCGGUGGUGGCGGCGGAGGGGGAGCGCAAGCAGGGUCUGAACUACGCGACAUCGAGACCGAGCAUAUCGGCUUCAGGACAGCUUCUAGCGAGGACCGAGUCCAACUACUGCCUUCAGCAUGGCCGGCCGACAACCUUCCACCCACUACCUCUUCCCUACUGAGCGUCGCCCCGCGAAAAGGACUCAUUGCGGCUGCCGGACCUGAAGCUGUUGUUGUCGCUACUACGGACAGUCUGCGGCACACCUUUCUACAUGAGGCGGCCUCACAGGGAGUGAAGUCGUUCACCCCGCAAGCGACGAUACAGUUACAGAGGGCAUCGCAGGUGUCGUUCUCUAGCGAUGAGAGCUGUCUGGUGGUUGCGGCGGAGCAGGGAGGAGGGUUGGCUGUGUACGACACGAAUGCUUUGGCGAAUGGAAACACCACCACGGCCUUUGAAUUGGCCACGGAGGGCGAGAGCGUGAGGCAGCUGGUACCAAACCCCAAUCCAGCAUCAGAUUUGAGCGGAUUUUUUGGAGUCGUGACGACGAACGGCAAGCUGUUGCUGGCAGAUCUGAAGGAGAGAAAAUUGGUGGCAGCAUCGAACGGCAGCAGCAUUCUCCACGACAAUGUCUCGUGCGCCUGCUGGUCGCGCUUGGGAAAGCAGAUUAUUGCAGGUCUUGCAGACGGGACAGCUGCGCAGAUCGACCGGCAGGGCGCGAUCAAGGCACGGAUACCUCAGCCGCCGCAGCUGGAAACGCUAAAGGAUCCGUCUUCGACCGCCUUGCCGAUAACUUCGAUCUUCUGGCUAGAAACGGACGACUUCCUCAUCAUCCACACUCCAAUCAACCCUCCCGAUGCUGGCGCCAACGACGACUCGCUGUACCAUCUCGCCCACCGCAACAAGCAAAACCAGUCAUGGACCUUCAGCACACUCACCGACCCUUGCUUCUCCUACCUGGACCGUAAGCCAGCACAUCACUUCAUACAGCGGUUGAGGGAAUGGGGCAAUCUGACGGAGCUACUGGUCGUGUCGAAUACUGCCAGCUCCGACAUUGGCAUGUUCACACGUAGUAAGGUGCCACUUAAUCCCGACGACCCCUUGACCGACACCUGGGCCGAGACGAAGGCCUCCGACCAGCGACGCGCCGCAAUGCCCAUGAUCAAUAACGCCGACACCACUCCCAUUGGUAUGGCCAUCGAUCUGAGCGCCAAGGAGAAAAUCACUCAACCAAUCCCGAACGAUGACAUGAUCGAUGAAUCUCCUGUGCCGCUUCCCGCGCUCUACGUGCUCAACAACGAAGGCCAGUUGAGCAUGUGGUGGAUCAUCUACAACGAGGCGGUGCGGCAGAGCAUUACCUACCCGGACAUGAUCGUUGCUGGUGGGCCGCGAUCACUCGGUGAGCAGAAGCCGCAGCAGCCGCAGGCUCAAUCAGCGGCGUCUAGCAUGCCACCUCCUUCUACAACAUCGCCGUUCGGUGGUACGUUUGGUGCUACCUCCAAAACACCUUCGCAGCCACCGGCGUUCGGACAGACUUCAUCGACACCCUCACAGACAUCUACGUUCGGUCAACCAACAUCCACGCCUUCGCAGACAUCUGCGUUCGGCCGACCAUCAUCCGCAUCUUCGCAGACGCCCGCUUUCGGUCAACCUUCUUCAAUGACUCCAGCUCAGAAACCCGCCUUUGGGCAGUCCUCGUUCGGCACACCUAGCACACCAGCUUUCGGUGGGACUUCUACAAUGGGCAACCGUCAGUCACCAUGGGCAGGAGCCAGCUCGAUCGCCACUGGAGCUGCUGGAGGCUCUGCCUUCGGAAAGCCAGCUUUCGGCCAGACAAGCAGCUUUGGACAGCCAAGCGGGGCUGGAGGAAGCAAGACUUCUGUUUGGGGCACACCGCAAUCAUCAACACCUCAGCAAACACCCUCGGCCAGCGGCGGUGGCGUGUUCGGCGGAAAUGCUUCCAACCAAAGCCCGUUCCUGAACCUUGGUGGAAAGCCUGCAUCGUCGUCGUCUGGAUUUGCAGCAUUUGGCGGAGGCAACAACACAGCGUCGCCGUUCGCUUCUGCGGCCAGACCCAGCCUAUCGGCGGAGCCAUCGGGAUCUACCGUCUCCUUUGGCAACAAUACCAGCUUCGGCUCAAGCAGCACGAACUUUGGUGUGCAGAGCCAGCCAUCUUACUUUGGCUCGCCAACGCCAAGUGCGGCCAGCGGUACGUUCGGCAAGCCUUCCGUGCCCGCCAGCAGGGAGGAGAGCAUGGGCGAUGACCACACAUCAGCCACCGCAUCCACGGCUAAGCCACCCACUCAGAACGAGAACAAGAGUCCGUUCGGGCUCGGGUCUGGCGGCUUCAAGCUGGGCAGCACUUUCAAAGGCGACGGAAGCGCGAAGGACGACCUUCCCAAACCAAGCAAUCCUGGUGCAGGCUUGUUUGGCAGCAACUUUGGGAAUGCUCUUGGUGAAGCCAGCAAGACAUCCUCAAACUCUGAAGGCACGGGUGGGCUGUUUGGUAGGUCGACCCCAGCUCAGCCCGCGAUCAAAAAAGAACCCGGUACGGAGGAAGAGCCUAAGCUGAGCGAGAUCCCGGCUGUGGCGCCGAAGCAAGAAGAGAAGAAGGCUUCCCCUCCGCCGUCAGAUGAUGCGCCUCUACCGCCCGAUCCUACUACAUGGAAGCCCAAGCCUGGUGCACAGCCAGCUCCGGUUCCACCUGGAUUCGAAGGACUCAUGGGCAAAUCCAAAACGAAGGAAGAGCAACCAAGCGAGGCUGAUCCCAUCAAGCCCGAAGACCAGGGUCCUGAUGAGUCGUUGGCAGGCUCGCCACCGAUCGAUCUGGGGAAGGAGACGUUCUCUGAGGGUGUGAAGUCGGACGCUGAGCCGGAAGGGCCGCCGGAUGAUGGUGACUGGAGCGACGAAGAGGAUGAGGGUGAUGAAGAGGAUGGCGAAGGCGAGGAAGGGAGCGAAGACGAGGAGGAUGAAGGUGAUGAAGAGGACGAGGAGAGUGGUGGUGAAGAGGGGGCGCGGAAGGUUGAUGACCAGGCUGGCUUGUCCGCCUUCCAAGCUCGAAUCACGCCAGCCAGUCCCAAGAGGAAAGAUGCUCAGCCUACUGACUCGACUACGCCUGCUACGGAGAAGAAGGUAUCUUACACCCCUGCUACCGAGCGGAAGGAGUCCUACACGCCUGCUGGGAUGCCUCAAGCGCCGAUCAUGUUUGCGCCGCCGCAGAGGAAAGGGCCAGAGUCGCCCAGGAGCCCGAGCCCUCAGCGUUCGACUACCAGUCCGCUGAGGCCCAUGCCCAGCUUUGGCUCUCAGCAGCAGAGCAGGCCACCGCCACAGCCAGCCGGCAGUCGGCAAUCAUCCUCCUCUCAAAUGUUCCGGCCUUCACAGUCUCGUACGACAUCCCAAGCGUCCGCGCAACCAUCUCAGCGCAUUGCUGUACCUGCCGCUCAACUUGCGCAGAGCCAACAGAGGCCAACUUCGUCCCCAAAGCCCGCGGAGCCGGAGCCUGGUGAACUUGAAGAUGAGGAAGCGGAUCGCAUAAAAGCUAUUCUUGCUGCACCGCUCGAACCUACGCAAGACGUUCCAGCGUUCCUAGCUCAUCAAGACUACGUCGCUAGUGCAGACGACAAGACAGGGUUGUUAGGACAGAUGGAGCGGGUGUACAGAGACAUCAACUCCAUGAUCGAUACGCUCGGUCUGAACGCGAGAAGCAUGAAGGAGUUCAUAGAGGGUAGCCUUCACGGCUCAGGCGACGAGCCUAAGAAUAGGCUCGACCUCGAGAACGAAGAGGACUGGGUGCUUGGCGAAGUCAACGAGCUGGCUGACAUCGUCGAUGGUGUGGAGAGACAGCUGGAAGACGGCAGACUCACUGACGUCCGCGGUGCCAUCGGGACUCUGAGAGAAGAGGAAAGCGGCGUAAGCAAGCUCCGCACGAAAAGCGCCGACGUGAGAAAGCACGUCAUGGCCCGCAAAGACCCCGAGCAGCUCGCGCAACAGCACGCCGCGCCUCUACCAAUGGAAGCGCAGACGAUGCAGUCAGAGCUGCGACAAGAAGUCUCAUCCGUACAGAAACUGCUCGCCAAAGCCGAAGAACAACUCAGCAUUCUCCGCGCCGAACUCGCCUCCAUCCCAUCUGCUCAAGGCACUGACGGCCGCAGCGGCAGCGGCGUCCCGACCGUCGAGGCUGUGGAGAAGACGAUCAGGAAGAUGACGCAGAUGGUCAUGCAGAAGAGCGGCGACAUUGAUGUGCUCGAAUCGCAGAUCCGGAAGCUCGGUGGGCCGGGUGCGCUCAAGCCAGCUGGGAAUUACGAAGACGAGCUCAUCGCGGGCAUGAAAGCGACUCGUCUAUCACGGUCUCCGUCGGCUGGGCUGAGGAGUUCGCAGCUCAGAGCGUCGGCUUAUGGAUCUCCCGCUGCUGCUAGGAGAGGCACGCCUGGGAGAGGGACGCCCGGCAGGGGGACGCCGGGCAUGAGGAGUUUUAUGGAUGUGGGGGUUGAGGAGGUUGAGGCGUUUAGGGUUAAGCGGGAGGCGAGGGGGAAGGUGUUGGAGGCUUUGAGGGGCAAGGUGGAGAGUAGGGGUGUGAGAGUUUUGAGAGUGGAAGUUGAGUAG